CGAGACGCGCGGAGGGGCUGGUAGCUAGGAGACCCGAAUGCCUCUGAUACCUGGAGCGGCUGCCUGGCGAAGCUGACAGCGGACCCGCAGCGGGCGCACGCCCUCGCCCUGCCCCUCCCCGGUCUCCCUGCUCCUUACUGCGACCUCGCGCGCAAGGGGUUGAGGAGACUGAAGAAGGCGGAAGACAGGCUGAUGGGCUCAGCCGGUAGGCUCCAGUAUCUCACCAUGACUGCUGAAAAUUCGACGCCAGGAGACCUGGCUCUGGCCCCCCUCGUCACUUGCAAACUCUGCCUGUGUGAACAGUCUCUGGACAAGAUGACCACACUCCAGGAAUGCCAGUGCAUCUUUUGCACAGCUUGCCUGAAACAGUACAUGCAGCUGGCAAUCCGAGAAGGAUGCGGGUCUCCCAUCACUUGUCCUGACAUGGUGUGCCUAAACCACGGGACCCUGCAGGAAGCUGAGAUUGCCUGUUUGGUACCUGUGGAUCAGUUUCAGCUUUAUCAGCGGUUAAAAUUUGAACGAGAAGUUCACCUGGACCCCUACCGAACAUGGUGUCCCGUGGCAGACUGUCAGACAGUGUGCCCCGUUGCAUCAAGUGACCCAGGACAGCCUGUGCUGGUGGAGUGCCCUUCUUGCCACCUGAAGUUCUGCUCAUGUUGCAAGGAUGUCUGGCAUGCAGAGGUCUCCUGUAGAGAGAGUCAACCUAUCGUCCUGCCAACAGAGCAUGGGGCCCUCUUCGGGACAGAUGCAGAAGCCCCCAUUAAGCAAUGCCCAGUUUGCCGAGUUUAUAUUGAACGCAACGAAGGCUGCGCUCAGAUGAUGUGCAAAAACUGCAAGCACACAUUCUGCUGGUACUGUCUCCAGAACCUGGACAAUGACAUUUUCCUCAGACAUUAUGACAAAGGGCCAUGUAGGAAUAAGCUCGGCCACUCAAGAGCCUCAGUGAUGUGGAAUCGAACACAGGUGGUCGGGAUUCUUGUGGGAUUGGGCAUCAUUGCCUUGGUGACUUCACCCUUGCUGCUCCUGGCUUCCCCAUGUAUAAUCUGCUGUGUCUGUAAGUCCUGUCGGGGCAAGAAGAAAAAGCAUGACCCAUCCACAACCUAAAGAUUUCUGUUCAUGUCAUGUGCCACAGAUGUCUGGGUUAUACGAGACAGCACAGUGAUAAAACCCCACUUAGUGAACUCACCUCCUUCUCCUUGCCAAACUUUGGAAGUGCCUCUGUGUCCAAACCUUGAACUUGUCUGCCUACCUUCAGUAUCAGAAAAGGCCAAGCACUAGUGUGUAUGUUCCUGUGUAAAGAGAACCGGGUUCUACAGUCCAGGCUGUGUCUCUGGAGCAUGUUGAAGCUUUGGAGGUGCUGAGGAGGAACUAACACGUCAACAUUUUAUCAUCUGAAGGAUCGCACUGGACUGUUCAACUCCGAGCCAAAUUCAAGGAGCCUGAGUGAAUAUUCAGUAUAAUAAAUGUGUUGCCAUGGUUGGCAACAUACAUUACAACUGAGAAGCCAGUAUAUCCUGUGUUGACCACCAUGAGAAACAUGGGGGAAAGCUCCCACGUAGGAGAGGAAGGGAUAAGACUGUCUAAGGGAAAAUUCUCAUAAGAGCUAUAAAGCAGGCUGCUUAUCUUAGGAGUCAAUAUGGUGGCUCUGCCUCUGCCAGCUACCGGGUGUGCUUUCCCAGCAUUCCCACAGUGACUUGGCAGAAACACAAUGGUUUUCUCCUCGUGUGAUCUCAGCUUCAAGCAGGAGAAAACUGCUGUGCGGAGGGAGUUGUCCCUUCCCAGUAAAAGGGUUGCAGCAUGUAAAACAAUAUGGUCUGAUUUAGUCUCUCUCCCUUGGCAAAUGUAACAUUUUUAAGGUGAUAAACUCUUCUCUUAAAGCCAGUAGCUGCAGUCUACAAGAUUGUUUUAUAAGAAGUCUGGGUAGAGUGGCAAGGUUCAAAACUUCAUCAUAGAUAACAGAAACCUUUCUUGAGCUCUGUGUUCAUACACCCAACAGAUCUAGAAUUGGACCUAAAAGUACACACCAAAAGUGAACACGAAAGUCCAUAUGUACAUCUAAAAUCUGUGUACUUGCUGCCUAUCUAGAAUUUCUAUCCAUUGGACAGGCAUGGAUAUACCCAGUAGUACACACAAAAUAAAGGUUUACGUAAAAGCCAUUCUAUCUUUCCCUCUAUCACUAAUAUGGUUUAAUAUAAAUCACCCUAAAGGUUUUUUGCGUAUUAUAUAUGUAAAUUUUGGUUGCAAGUUCAUAACUUACCCAAAAGUAUAGAUUCAUAAACAUAACUCUUUUAAAACAAUACUUAGAACGAUAUCAUGCUGUCUCAGUUUGUAAAAACACUAAUUGAUAAUCAAGUUUACGUAUUUUCAAACAAUUCAGAGCAGCUCUCAGCAAAGUUUUGUAUUGCUCUUUCAGCAUCUGUUAGGGCAAUCUGAAUACUUUCCGUAUGAACGAGGCACUGAUAAAACAACAACAAAAAAUAUGUAAGAAGUAAAAUGUAAAUGCUUUAUGUAUCAUAAACAGUUUGGAUUUGUAUCACCUCAUUGUGACUUACUUUUCCCAUCACACCUUUAGUUAGAUUUUGAAUAAAUGAGUUUUGAAAAGACAGUAACUUUUUCUCCAGUGACAGGAUUCCAUAAUUGCCAUUAACAGUGUAUCCUGGUGCUUCAUGAGAACAUAAAAAUGUUGAUAGAGAGCUCUCCUUGAAGUCAGGGACAUCCCGUCAGGAACUAUCAGGACCUAUACUUUCUGAGGUAACUGGGUAACUAGAUUAUUAAAUUGCUGCUAUUCCGGACCUAUUAUUAAAGAAUGAUGCUUUUCCUAUGUAAUGGAAUGUAUCCUAAAUGGGGAUGUGUAUAUUUAAGGAACUUUAAUUCACACGUACAUAUUGAUAUCUGAUACAUGUAUAGUACAGCUGUUGGUUGUGUACAUUUUUAUUUCCAGUUUGUACAGAACAUAGAUGAGAACUCUGGGAAAACUUUUGAAUGGCAACCAACCAAAAACAUUUUUAAUCAUUUAUUAGAAAUUUCUCAAUGUUAAAUGUCUUUAUUUUCCUUCAAAGCUCUAAACACUUCAGAAAAAAAAAAAUCAGUACCCUCUUCUAUCAAUGUAUUUCAUAUUAGGAUGAAUACAAAUGUACAUGUAUUUGAAGAAUUUGCUUUGUCUUACACUGCCUCCUUAUAGUAAAGGGCAUUUAUAACUGCUCAGGGGAUCACAGGAACUCAACCGAAAUUGAAUUUUUGUCUCAAGAAUGUCAGUAGUGGCAGUGUACUCCUCCACUAGUAAACUUUCUGAGCUUGGUUUCACAAAGAAUCUUUAAACAGGGACUGAUUUCAAGAAACCUAAAACGCUGUGUUUUCAGAGGCAGAGCUCCUGAAUGUGGAGUAAAGAUGGAAGGAAACAUCUCUGCUAUUUCCUUGGCGAAACGGAAGGAACUUAUCUUCUCACAGAGAUAUUGUAACAGAAUUAGCUACUUUUUCAUGGGGGAUAGGGGAGUGAGGGUUGUUUGUCAAGUAGACUUUAAAUAACUUAAAUAAUUUAAGUUUUUAAAUGUUGCAAAGUGCCUGAAAAAUGUUGACUUUUUCCUUAAAUAGCUAAAUGAAUUGGCCUGUGUGAGGUGGUCAGAAUCAACAGGUUGGCAGAUUAAACCCAGAUCUCUCUCUGGUACAUCAAAGGGCGAGAUUCAAGCGCAUCUAGAGAUUUUGUUUAUAAAGGAGAGAGCUGACCACUUUGAUAACAGAAACUGAUGUUUGCAUUUUGGAUAAUUGGCGAGCAAAAGAGUUUAAUCUGUCUCCUUCCUCUGUUUGUCAGCUUUAACCUUUCCUAGUGAUUCUCUUUCCUUACUAGGAAGAAAUAUGGGUCUACAUAAUAAUGUUUGGAUGGGUGGCAGAAAUCUUUUUAUGUUUAGAGUGGUUUAGUGUGCUUGAAAUAUAAAUCAAAAAUCCUUCACCAAACUGGAAUCUAGAUGUAAUAACCCCCCAUCCAGAAAUGUCAUUGGAUGUAAUGGCACAGCCUCUAGCCGCUGCAGGAGUUUUUCUCCCAUUGUUAGGUAGGGAGGUGAGAAGGAAAGCCAUAUGGAAGCAAAUUUUAGAAUCUUAGGCAUCCUAUUUGUUCAUGCCAUGGAUAUUUGCUCCAGACUUGAAAUCUCCAUUUUGAGAGAGGCCUUUGGAAAAUGAGUAAUUCACAGUGUGAAUUUUCUUGUAGCCUGCAUCAAAAAAUCUUAUCUAUCCAGGUUUGAAAAUCUACAUGUUCAUUUGAACGUAAAUGACUGUUGCUUGGAACCCCAAAUUGUCUCCUAAACAUUAUUCAGAAUCUAAAUGUGUGUUACUCUAGCCUUCCCUACACAGUGCUUCUAAAAGACUUUCUGUUCAUGAAUGGAUGCCUUUGUGUAUAUAGAAUCAUGUACAUAUGUGUAACUUUAAAGACAAUUUCAGAAUGCCUUAGAUGAAUGACAUUUUAUCAAGCUGUCACAAUUGAUAUCUAUAGGCUAUUAACAUCUCAUGUUGAAAUCAUGAUCCAGAAAGUUUUGUUAUGUAUUUAAGAAAUUGCUGUUGUAUUAUAUUUUUGCAGUUAUGUGAGAGGAAAAUAGCAGUUUUAGUCUCUCUAGCCCCAAUAAAUGUGGAGCAGGAAAUCAAGUGUGUUAACUUUUGUUGUGUUGCAUGUUUCUAGUCAUGUUCAAUUUUACCAUUCAGGAGCCAAGUGGCUAUUAAAUCCGAGGUUCAGAAUUGACAAAAAAUACCCAAGUCUGCAAUAUCAUUUAUGGAAAUAACUCUUGCUGCCUUGUUUCUUAAAAAUAAAUGGAAGCAAGUGUAAUGUC